ACCUUUGGAGCUGGACGAAGUCACACAGGGAACGAGUCAAAGGACCUUCGGUCUUUACUUUUAUUAUGACUUAAUUGAAGCUUGUUUCUUUGAACUUGAACUCUUCCUGGUUGUGUGUUCAGAGGAUUCGCAGCAGUGUGAGGACAUUGGGAGUUGGUGUGAAGAUGAUUUUAGCCAGCAAGUUAACCAGAAACAGGAACUAACAUGUUCAUAUUCAGAUGAAAAGGAGAGAAAAGUGUCAUUUCAUUCUGCAGAGUCAGAAUGACACCACGACUGCAGCUCUUCACCAUUUUACUGCUUCGCUUUGAAGCAGGAAUCAGUGAUGGACGAAUCAUUCUCCAUCACAGAGCUGGAGAUGACGUCGUUUUACCGUCUGACGUUGGUUCUUCGUAUACCCCAUGUUCUCAUGUUGGCUGGAUUUACAACAAGAUUCUAAAUGACAACUCACUAAAUGAGAUUAUUAAUGGAAAUAUUGUGAAGACGUCACCUCGAGCUGACAGGAUGAGUUUGAGCAGCAACUGCUCUCUGAUCAUCAACAACAUCACUGCUGAAGAUGCUGGUCGUUACACAUGUAGGAUUAGACAUGAUGAAGGUUUCUCUGACACAUUUGUGCAUCUGAGUGUUUUAACAGUCUCUCCAUCUCCACCAGAUGUGGAUCCAGGAAGGGAUGGAGAUGUGACAUUAAACUGUUCUCUGAUGAGAUACAGUGGUUUGGGUCCCUGUGAGCAGAACAGCAUCGUCUGGGUGGAUGAUACAGGAACUGUGCUGCUUGGUGAAGGUUAUGGGUUUGUGUCUGGAGGACAGACGAACUGUGUGUCUUAUCUGAUUGUGAAACAUCAGAAAGGCUCCAAGAGAAGAUUCACCUGCCAGGUUUUUGAAGGAGACAGAGUGAAGAUAGAUGCUGAAUACACACUGGACUUUACAGAUUCCUCUAUGAUCGACACCAGCGUGAUCAUCGGAUCAGCAGUCGGGGGGGUGAUGGUGGUUCUGGCUGUUGUUGUUGCUUUUCUCAUCGUUUGCAUGAGGAAAACCAAAGAAAAAGAAGAUCAGCAGAAUGAAUCAAAUGUUCAGCAGCUGAUGCACCACAAUGAUGAUCCAGAGAACAAUGUUACCUAUGCUGCUGUUGGGGGUUUUGAUCCAAAUACUUCCACUAAAAUAAAGGAUGAGCCGGAGAACAUGACCUACGCCGCUGUCGAUCACUCUGGGAAGACUUCUGCUAAGAUAAACGUCAAGGAGGAAGAAGAUGUGGUGACUUAUUCUGCUGUGAGGAUGAAAACCAACCAACAGUGACCCCAGCAGUCUCUGCAGCCGCGUCUCCAAAUCCAAAUAGAAGAUCAAAGACCUGGAGAACGUCCGGUUGUCCAGCUGCUAACAGGAAGUGGACGGUUGGACUUAGUUCAGUUCAAUUCAGUCGUAUUAGAUGUAGUUGUUCAGCAGGAGCACUUGUUGAUCACUUGCCUUCUUCUUUCUCUGCUCUACAUUUCAUUUGUACUCUGGUCUUUUAUAUCUGGGACUGUUGAUUGCAUCUCAAGUUGAUUCAAGUCUUAAGUUUGUCUCAGUGUCUCAUCAGUUGUGUCUGUUUUACAAGCUUCAUUUUUUUCAGUAUUGUAAGGCUGGUGUUGAGUGAAGCCUUACUUGAGUAAAUUAGUCUUAUUUCGGGUCGUGAGUAAGAGAAAAGACGGGGACAACGGCUUCGGAGUUCGCGUGUACUUUUAUGACCCAAAAACAGAGUAGGAAUUUUGAACAUCCACCGGUAUCACUCCGCCUUAUGUAAAACAUAUUAAUCACAACAGGUAUGCUGACUAAUCUAACUAUAGUCCCUGACUUACAUCAGAAUAUACCAAAAUAUAUUUAUAAAAUACUGAA